UAUAAAGCCUCUCCCCUCUCACUUUCAUGUACCUAACAUCAGCUAGCCCUUCUCUUCUUCUUAUUCUUCAGUCAUGGAAUCCUUCAUGACUCUAUUUAUCUCCUUGCUUGAAAUAUUGCUAGCUCUUGGAAGCUGGACUGUGCCUUCUGAGGCCAAGGCUUUCUUCGUCUUCGGAGACUCCCUCGUCGAUAAUGGCAACAAUAACUUUCUCGCAACCACUGCUCGAGCCGAUUCGCCGCCAUAUGGCAUCGAUUACCCGACGCAUCGGCCCACCGGCCGCUUCUCAAAUGGCUUAAACAUUCCAGAUAUUAUCAGUGAGCAAAUUGGCGCUGAGACUACAUUGCCUUAUUUGAGCCCUGAGCUGCGUGGGGAGAGAUUGCUUGUGGGAGCUAAUUUUGCUUCAGCUGGCAUUGGAAUUCUGAAUGAUACUGGCAUUCAAUUUUUUAAUAUCAUAAGAAUCAACAAGCAGCUGGAGUACUUCCAGCAGUACCAGCGGAGGCUGAGCUCUCUGAUUGGUCCAGUUCAGAGUCAACAUUUGGUCAACGGCGCUCUUGUUCUGAUCACUCUCGGCGGGAACGACUUCGUCAACAACUAUUAUUUGGUGCCUUACUCUGCCAGAUCUCGAGAAUUCUCUUUGCCUGAUUAUGUUCAGUACCUCAUCUCUGAGUAUAAGAAGAUUCUUGCGAGACUGUAUGAGCUGGGAGCCAGGCGGGUUCUGGUCACCGGCACCGGUCCACUAGGCUGUGUGCCGGCCGAGCUUGCCCUAAGAAGCCGAACCGGUGACUGUGACCCGGAGCUCGAACGGGCCGGGGAUCUCUUCAACCCACAGCUGGUCCAACUCUUGGCGGAUCUCAACCGUCAGAUCGGAGCAGACGGAAAUCAAAUGUCACUAUGCAUUAUUAUCAAAAUGCAUGCACUAUAUAUAUGCUUCAUGAUCAUUUGGCUUAAUGUUGAUGAGGUGACUAAUUUUGCAGGUUUUGUAACAUCAAAAAUUGCAUGCUGUGGACAAGGUCCAUAUAAUGGAAUUGGCCUUUGCACAGUGGCUUCAAACUUGUGCCCAAAUAGAGAUAUUUAUGCUUUCUGGGACGGAUUCCACCCAUCAGAGAAAGCAAAUCGCAUCAUUGUUAGCCAAUUCAUGACUGGUUCAGUUGAGUACAUGAAUCCAAUGAACUUGAGCACCAUAUUAGCCAUGGAUGAGAAGGCUUAAUUAGAAUUAAUCAACUUUGGCUGAAGAUUUUAAUCAUGCUAUUAUAUUAUUAUAAAAUAAUUAGUAUGUUUUUAAUGAAGUUUUACUUACUUAGGCUUCAUUUGGGAUGGCUUUCCAACUAUUUUUUAAAGUAGUUUUUUAGUGCAAAUAUUUAAAAUCUUUGUACUAAAAAGCUGCUUUAAGUAGUAAGAAAGCAGUCCCAAACGAAACUUUAGUUUGUGGUUAGUUGUUUCUGUAAUGUGGCCAUGUGAGAAGUGAAGUGUUCUUAUUUUGACAUUUAAUAAUUAUGGCUUCAGCAAAAUUCCAUGUUUAUGUGAUUGUUCUUUUGGUUGUUACUAAGCUAAUAUUUUGUUUAUUUAUGGGGUUUUUAAUGAAA